GUGUAUAUGUUUUAAUGUAGAUGAAAUCAGCUUAAUCUUACAGUUAUUGACACUUAAUAGACAAAUGUAUCCGGUGAUCUGUGUUAUCCCAUAAUCCUUUACGAGCAUCUUAACGGAAGUUCCCAUAGAGAAAAAGCGGAGUUCAGUGUACUAAUACAGUGUCUUUGCUGAAACAAAAAUAAAUGAAUUUACAAAAAAUGGAAGAAGAAACAAGAGAAAAGAAAUUAGAACGCAUUGCCCAAAGAAUCAGGUCGUUUCCUGACUUUCCGUCCAAAGGAAUUUUAUUCAAGGAUAUCUGUCCGGUGCUUAAAGACCCUGAAGCUCUGACUGCAGUAAUUGAUUUAUUUGAACAACAUGUAAGACAGACCUACCCCCAGGUUGAAUUAAUUGUUGGUCUGGAUGCUCGUGGGUUCCUGUUCGGUCCUCUCCUGGCUCAGAGACUGGGUGUGGGGUUUGUGCUCAUUCGUAAGAAGGGGAAACUGCCUGGCCCCACCCAAUCUGUGGGUUACACACUGGAAUACGGAAUGGCAGAAGCUGAGAUCCAGGAAGACGCCAUUGAUGCAGGCCAGAAGGUCAUCAUUAUCGACGAUUUGCUUGCUACUGGGGGUACCCUGUAUGCAGCCUGCGAGCUGUUGAAAAAGCAAAGCGCCGAGGUGCUUGGCUGCAUGGUGUUGAUUGAACUGAAGGACUUGAACGGUGCAGAGCGAGUGAAACCGAGCCCACUGUUCUCUCUAGUCCAGUACUAAGGGUUGUAUGCAUUAAGCAAUACAGUGCCCGUGUAUGCAUUGCAAUUCUAUGCAUUUACUGGUGUGCCAUCUCUUUAGAAAUACAGCCAUAAAAGCCUGUCUGCAACUGAUUAACCAAUGACCUUUUCAGCGCAGUGUAUCUGCUUUUUUUGCCUUUUUAUUGGGGGAUUUUUUAUUUUUUUUUAAAUCAUCUAGGAACUAGAACAAGCUCAUACUAUGCCAUUUUGAAAAAAAAAAAAAAUUAUCAUGUUCUCAAUCAGAACAAUUAUAAAGGGUAACGUGGAAGACCAGGGUGUCUUUCAUCCCUUGGCUUGCUGGACAGACUGAAGUACAAAUUUAGACUUUUUUUUUUUUCAAUUAUGAUCACUAGAGGGUGGUCUGUGCAAUACUUAAAUUCCUAUUGUGAGAAGCUGGGACUGGAGUCGCUGUUAGUGUCCAUGCAUUUCGCACCCUCUCCUGGUGUUUCUGUAUUAUUCUAUCCAAGCUUGUCAUUACUGUGCUUUCUUUGUUUUUUCUCAAUUCAGUAAUGGUUGUGGAUGCAAAAUAACAAAGGAUCAAUGUACUGGCAGCAAACAGUCAUUUAAAAACAGUAAGUUAUGUUCUGUACAAAGCAUUGGUUGAACAAAGCGUCUUAGUAGCAGUUGUAACUGUGUAUUUCCAAUUCCUUGAUAUCUAGAUGGAAACAAAAAAUCUUAAAUCCAAUCUGUAUUUUAAGGGGACCAAUGAAAUACAAGCAGUAUUUGCUAAAUAAACCACAUUUGUAUU